AUGUUGGUGGAGGUGGAGUCAGGCUUUCUUCCUGUCAAGAUAGGCUUCGGAGUAUUUCUUAGAGUUGCACUGCAUUUGCAAAGUUUCGCUGUUCGAAAAAGGAAUAUAUAUCAAGAAGGAAAAAGAAAUACCUACAACCAAACAGCAAGAGACAGGUAUGGUUGUCCUCGAGCGAAAAGCAAAGUCAUGGAGGGCAGACCGGGUCGCCACUACUCCGUAUCUGCCAGCUGUAUCUCCAUUGCUGUUGCUGCUGCUGCUGCUGCUGCUGCUAAUAAUGAUGAUGAUGUCGUUGUUGAUGUCGUCGUCGAGGCGGAGUGGAUGUCUUUUGGCCGUCUUCGUCCGAGUUGGGAGGAGAAAGCCGCCGCACUACGCGUGUUGUUAAUGACUAAGCAAAGCAACUAG